ACGGAAACGCAAACCGGAAAUGUUCGGAGCGGGCGGGAACUUAGAAAUUUGAGUGUUUAAAGUAAACAUAUUUUAUUAUUACGAAUUUAACUUCGGUUUGUUAGAAGAAAGACAAAUCUUUCACCAACGCGGUGUAGUUUAAAGGACUGUAAUGGGCUCAAUGCCGUCAACGACUGAAGCAAACUACGCUACUUGACAACACUAGCCUGUUGUUGACAGUUUUAGCUAGCUCGCUGUUGUCAGGAUGGCGGACAGAAAUCUUGUGAUGGAGUUGAAACGCUGGGCGACAGAGGAGUUUAAUCUCCCCCCGGACAGCCUGCCUCAUGACAGCUAUUUCAAAACGCUCUGUGUUGGCACAGGCAAGUCAAUAUGGAAAUAUAUAAUCCAACAUGUGUUUCAACAGAGGAAUGUGAGGAUUAUGCGUGGCAACCUUCAGUGGUACAAAGUGCUACAAGACAACGAGCUCAAGGAUGCUGAGGGUCAGAGCGAGACUGCAAAACGGAGAGAGCUUCAGAGGAAGAUCGAGCAGGUGAAAGCUGAGCUUAGUCACCUGGACUCUCAGAUCAGUGGAACAGGGGAACAGGUGGCCACACAAGAGCAGUCCAUCAGUCAUACCUGGGCCCAGAUGGAGGACUGCAAACGCAGAGAAUUGUUUCUCCAGGCCUUCGGGCAGCGCUGCAUCGACGUCCGCAAGGUGCUCUCGGAAGACAUGCAAAAGAUCAGUGGGCACUGCCAGGAACUAGAACAGAUGACUAGAAAAGCAGAAAUUGAAGUGGUGUUUGAUGACCAACCUUCUAGCAUUAGAGAUGACAAGCUCAACUCCAAAGUAGCAUCAGAGGCACAAGUCCUGUGUGAAGUGAGAGAACUCUGUGAUGAAAGAGUCCACUUCUUUCAGACUUUACAAGAAAGUGAACUGAAAACACAGCACUCUGCGGCCAAACAUAUACCCCAUGAACAGAGGACUGCUUUGUUUCAGUACUGGCUGAGUGCUGUGGAGGGCAUGUUAGCUAGUUACCCCCCAAAGCAUAUCCUCUCAGCAUUGCAAUAUUUAGCUUCAAGAGAGCAGAAGGAAUUACUAGAUGCUCUGGAUGUACCACAGAAUGUGACAGCUCUGCGGUUCCGAUAUGAAAACAAUCACCCGCUGGACAUGAAUACAGAAGAUGAGUUACCACCGGUUAAGUCGCUCUUAGAGGUGGCUUGGGAAGAGGUGAAGCAGAGUUUGGUGGAGUUGGCCCAGACACGCUCCAGGGUACAGCAGCUCAAAACUCAGUUGGAGGCCCGUAAGAAAGAGGCUGAGCAGGAGGUGUCUGUCAUUGCAGAGGAGCUCCAUGAUGACACUAUGGCACUUUCCACUCUCGAUGUGGAACUGCAGUGUGCAAUGCAGGCAGCAGCCAGGGAUCAUAUCAGAGACCACUGUAUCCAACUUGAACAACAUGCCAGAAGCCGACAGGAAGCGCUAAGAAACCUUCAUAGCCAGUGGCAAAGCAUUCUGGACUUCAGAGAACUAGUGGAUCUCAGGCAAGAACAGAUCAGAGGUUUGAUUAAGGGGAACUCAACUGCCAAGAAGCAGCUGAUUCAUCUUCACAGAGAGAUUGAGGAAUUCAUUCAGAGCAAUAUUGUGCCACAGUUUGAAGACGUCAUCACAGCUGCCAACAGUCUAAGAAACUGUGUUUCUAAGGAGGCCAAACAGCUGGGAGCUGUUUCACUUCUUUCUCUGGACCGCAGAACUGUCGAAGGAAUGCAAAGAAUACCAGCUUCGUGGCUGUCCAUCAAUCGCUUGCUGUCCCCAACCUUCAGCAGCUUGUGUCAGAGUCUUGCAUUUCCUUUGUACAAGGCUCCAGAGGAGUUGUGUUCCCAGUCGCGUUCCCAGCAGCUCGAACUGCGCUUUCUCCGUCAGUUACUACAACUUACUUCUGCUACUCUGCAGAAAACUAAGAAGGAAGCAGAGCAGCAGCUGCACGCAUCUGAUCAAAAAGCUCUUCUGUCGAGGGUCAUGGAGGAGGAUCUGAAGCUUCUGAAGUCAUUGGUGCCACGAGUCAGAGGACUCACCCAUCGCUGUGCACAGGGCCUUUCCUAUGGGGACCAAGUCAAGACUGCCAUCUCCUACUGGUGGGAUAAACCAGCCCAGCAUGUCCUACCAGAAGUCACUAAAGGAGGACUGACUUAUCAGCAGUGGCUACAGAGGUGGAAACUAGCUGCCAUGGCCUUCAGUUGAAAAAUAUGACGGAGCAUAUUUUAGUACCUUUUAGUGGCAAAAUGACCACGCAGUAGAAGAUAGGAAAUGCACAAAUGGUGGUAGCUAAAUCACAUUUACAUUAUUUCAUUCUUAUCAUAACUCCUAUUGGUUUGCAAUGUAACAGUCAUUAAUAAAUCAUUUUAAAUGCA